AUGGAGACGCUGGGGGCAGGGCUGGCUUCCGCAAAGUCCAUGCUGGGCAUGGCGCCCGCGCGGCCACCGACCCUCUUCGAGGAACUGGACUCUGCCACCUCCCUCUCCUGGAAAAACCCGUGGGCUGUCGCAUGUAACAUGUUGGUGCUGAAGUACACGCUGUGUCCCUCUUCUGUCGCUGCGACGGAACAGCGAAUCGUGGCGUUUGCUGUGUGCCUGGCGUUCGGCAUUGGCUUUUGCUUCCUUUCGACGUGGUUCCUCGUCAUACCACGAACGUUUGCCAAGUUCUACACCGUGGGCUCACUCUUCCUCAUUGGGAGCACCUUCUUUUUGAUGGGACCGUGGAAGCAGCUGCAGUCCAUGUUCCAGCCCGCCCGCUACAUGUCCACCCUCAUCUACUUUGGCGCCAUGGGCGGCACCCUCUACGCCGCUCUGUCGUUACACAACACAGGCCUCACGUUGAUCAUGGUCAUCGUCCAGUUCGGCGCUGCCCUCUGGUACGGGGCUUCCUACGUUCCCUUCUGCCAGCAGUUCCUGAUGGGCACCGCUCGAACCGUGCUGCCCCUCUGA